AUGAGCGACGAUGAGAAAAAGCAGAAAAUUGAGCGAGAGACCAAAAAGUACACAAUUAGGAUUCGCACAGCUGAUCAGCGAUUUGCCGGCACAGACGAUCGAAUCAUGUUCCAGAUCGUGGGAUCGGUUGGAAAGACGAUCUUUAUGGACCUGAAUAAUUCGAUGCACAAUGAUUUCGAACGCGGAAAAGUCGACGAUUUUCAAAUGAGGGCCGCGUGCGUUGGCGACCUGGAGUCUGUCAACAUCCAGAAACUGCACCAGAUCGUCGCGGAUAAAUGGAUAGUUGCAAGAAUCAUCAUCAAGUGUGGACCCUCCAUCUGGUGCACGCCUAACAGUUUGACUGUGGUCAAGGACGAGAUGGUCAACCUGCCAUUGUCGCGAAUGUGCCCAGACUCCUUUGAAAACGAAAGCAAAUGA